AUGGCAGAAACGAGUCCAGAAACCACAAAUGUCAUCAUUAUUGGAUGUGGACCGACUGGUGCCAUGCUAUCAGCACAGCUCGGUCGACUAGGUGUAUCAAACAUCUGUCUGGAUAAAGAGGACGGCAUUACCAACGAUCCGCGCGGCAUUGCUCUUGACGAGGAUGGCAUACGAGCUGUACAGAGCAUCGGUCGCUAUGAUGAUAUCUUUACCAGCAUUGGACAGUGCAUGGGAAAAUUCUUCUUCGUCAGUGGUGUGCACAACGACCUUCAUCAUCCUGCCUUUCUGGCCAUGGACUACUCCACGUCCGAGGGAGGGACGGGACACGUUGGUUUCAUUUGCCACAAGCAGCCGCACCUCGAAAAGUCCCUGCGAACUGCCUUGCUAGAGUCUUCUUCCAGCCAGCUGAGAGAGCAAUGCACAUUGACAGCCAUCUCUGAAGACUGCGAUUGGAUUUAUGCUACGUACCAAGAUGCGAAUAGACACACCAAAGUGAUCAGAGGCAAGUAUCUGGUUGGUGCUGAUGGCAAGACUGGAUUCACCAGGAAGAAGUACCUGGAAGAAAAAGGCAUCUUGAUGGUACAAUCAACUCAGAGUGCAUAUGAAGAGACUUGGGUUGCAGUGAAUUGGAAGAUUUCGCUCCCUACCCCCCAAACGCAUCCCGACUUCCCCCUAUGGAAACUUGGCUACAGCUCCGAAGACGUAUUUGACCUCUUCUUUCCGACAAACUUUAGGUUCCUGUGUAAUCACCAACGGCCAGCAGUGUGUGGCCGAUUUGGACGGCCGGAAGAAAGGCUGUGGCGGUUCGAAUUUGUCGUGAAGAAUGGUGAAAAUGGACAGGAACUCGUGCAAUCCGAUCGCCUAAACGACAUUUUGCGACCAUACUUUACACAUCCCGGGAGUCGUUUUGGGCUUCAGGAUGUAGUCACGUUUCCUGAAGACUGCAUUGAGACGCUUCGUGCCAGCCCUUUCUUGUUUGCCGCAAGAAGCUGCAACAAAUGGGCUCUAGGACGGGUAUUACUCAGUGGUGAUUCAGCUCACGUGUUUCCUCCGUUUGGAGGGCAAGGACUGGCAUCGGGAUUUCGAGACGCUUGCUCCUUGGCGUGGCGCCUGAAGAUUGCAUGUCAGCCGGGAUUCCAGCCCUAUGAAGCCCUCUUUCAAGCAUGGUACCAAGAACGCAAACAGCAGCUGGAGCGGUCGCUGGCAGCCACGGUCGAGAAUGGAAGAUAUGUCACUGAAAGUAAUCCCCUCAAGGUGUUUCUUCGUGAUACAUAUCUCUGGGGGUUGCAGUUAAUUCCAUCCUGGAAACGUCAGCUCGAAAUGGGCGCAAGAGCGAGUGGAAUGUGCCAAUAUGAGCCGCAACCUGGUCUACACUUCAUUCCCCAUCUUCACGGUGGACUACUACUACCACAAGUAUACUGUGCGCCACUCGAGCCGGGCUCUCUCGGAGACGAGGCCAUCAGGAUCGGAUUUACCGAUGAUGAAAUCUUUCAUCCCGCCAAAAAGGGUCUCUUACAACUAGUUGCAUUCGCUUCCAGCGUACAAGAGCUAUCAACAGUCUACCGCGAAAUCUAUGAGGUGGAACGAGAACAAGAACAAUCAAAUCCGUACCUUGAAGUGUCUGAAACCACCGUCAUCGUCAUGGACACCAGCGCACAACAUCUCCCUUCUACUGAAAUCGCCACUCGACUAAAGACAGUCCGCAUAGCUAGCGGCAAGGAAUUCUCCAGCAGUCCGCUUUGUCGAAAUCGCCCUGAACCCCGGUAUUACGACGAGUUACGUCUCGUAAAAGAGCUACCCGACAGCAAGUUUGUAGUAGUCAGGCCGGACCGCUUCGUCUUUGCUGCCUGCAAAUCCAAAGACGAGCUGAUCUAUGCUAUAAAGGCUAUUCAACCCAUCCUGCAUGGAGAAGAUUUUCGUUUGUAA